UGAUUUGAUUGCGAGGGAAGUCUGCUGACUUGAUUUUGUGCCGUCAGCUGCUCCGGUUUAGUUUUCUCCGCAAACAUCACUUUUCAUCUUCUUCCUCAGCGACCGAUAGCUUCAGCCUUCAGUAUUUGAGUAAAGUGACCUGCAGUGCCCACCUGGACACCUGCGUGGACGUGCAGAAGUUUGCAGGUGGAUCCACUGUCACGUCAUGUUGCCUCCACCCAAGAGCGACAGAAUCAUAACACACAUGCCCAAGUGUUUCAGUCCCAAUGCGGCGCUGCAGACCAAAGAGGUUUUCCAUCCUCAGGUGAAGGCCGCAUGUCAGACGCAGAGGGAAGAUACCGUCAGCUUCAAUGUCGCCAAAGUUAUCGUGGUGGGCGACGUCUCGGUCGGGAAAACUUGUCUGGUCAGCAGGUUCUCCAGAGGAGCCUUCAACAAGAACUACAAAGCCACCAUCGGUGUGGAUUUUGACAUGGAACGUUUCCAGGUACUCGGCGUCCCCUUCAGCCUGCAGCUAUGGGACACGGCGGGCCAGGAACGCUUCAAGUGUAUUGCCUCCACAUACUACAGAGGAGCUCAAGCCAUCAUUGUAGUGUUCGACUUGAGCAAAGAAAACUCCUUAGACCACGCCAGGGAGUGGUUGGAGGACGCCAUGAAGGAGAACGACCCAUCCAGUGUUCUUCUCUUCCUCGUGGGCACCAAGAAGGACCUCAGCUCUCCAGAGCAGCUGGCUCAGGUUGAACAGGAAGCCGUCCGAAUGUCGGAGGAGAUCCGGGCAGAGUACUGGGCCGUGUCGGCCAAGUCGGGAGACAGCGUGAGAGACUUUUUCCUCCGCGUGGCCUCUUUGACCUUCGAGGCCAACGUCCUGGCCGAGCUGGAGAAAAGCGCGGCGAGGGACGGGGCCGACGUCAUCAGUGAGUCGCUGGCACGACGGCUUUCUUCUACUCCUGUACUGACGUGGUUUGUCGUCAGAGAUCACGAGCGGCCCGAAGGACAAACGCGGGAGGAAGGCCAACUGCUGUUGACGUGAGAGGACAGAGCGGACGCACAACAGCGAAGAGUUGGGGUUUCAAUAAAAAGUUGUCAAAAGUGUUUCCCACGUGUGGAUUGUUGGCUUUGCGCACGGGUCAUGUGCUGCAGCGUGACUAAUCGGACAUCUCAUGACAGUCAUGACAUCACGCCUCCUUUCUGCCGGGCAAAUAAAGGAAUGAUUGUUUG